AUGUCCUGGGUCGUGGUGAACAAUGCCUCCAUUGUGGGACCCAACCCGUGCACAUUGAAUACCCCAUUUCGAAUAGAGGUGUCAUUUCAAUGUCGAGAGGAUCUGACAUUGCCUUUAGUUUGGAGACUUAUAUACGUUGGAAGCCCCGACGACAAAAGCAAAGACCAAGAAUUAGAGUGUGCUGAGAUAGGCCCACUCAAGAAAGGGUCCUUGCGAUUUACUCUGGAAGCCGAUCCGCCUGACUUCACCAAGAUUGAUGACGACGACGUGCACGGUUCCACUGUGGUGUUAUUGGAGGCUAGUUACCGAGGACAGGAGUUCAUCCGAAUCGGGUGGUAUGUCCACAACACUUACGUCGAUCCUGUUUUGCAAGAAGACCCUCCUGACGUGCCUGUGCUCGAGAAGAUGGUCAGAUGGGUCGUAGUCGACGAGCCGAGAGUUACAAGAUUCCAAAUCAAAUGGGAAAGCGAUGGUCCCUGCAACGGGCUGUGUAACACGGAUGUUAUGAUGGCCAUGGACUCUACUACAGUUGAUGGCAUGAGCAACUGA